CCGCAGUCUCAGUCAUCUCGCGGGAGAAUGUCCAGCACCUUCAACGAGCAGCACUGGCAGCCCUCCGGCUUCCCAAACCACUCGUGGAAAGUGGACCGCAUUCGCCCACUCACAAACACGGCUGCCUUCAGAAGCAGGACCUCCACCUCAUCCACAGACCUCCCAUUCGAUGCAUCAGCGGCUGACAACAACCGGCCGGUCCGCUUCCAAGGCACCUUUGCCGAGCAGCAAGGAGGGUUGCCUGACGGCGGAGCUGCUGGCUUCCAGGGCCAAGCAACAGCGAACCAUGAAGACUGGUUUGCCGACCCCUUCUUCUCGCAGGAAGAUCCCUUCGCAGAGUCGUCACACGACGAGGCGCCACGCCCGCGCUAUGUCGGAUUGGGAGAGCGGAGAGGCCCCUUGUCGGUGACGGCAGAGUCGGACAAUCUUGACCAGAGGCGGCCGUCUUUUCCCCGGCUGUUCGUCUACUGCAGACAUUUGGAGGAACAGAACAGGAACCUCACACGCAAACUGCGGGACAGGGAGGUACGAAAGCGCUAUUUUCAUUCAUGCCAUUGGAUGGUAUGCGCCUCUCUCUUUGUUCUUUCUCUUCUCCCGCGAUGAAUAACAUCAGGAUGAUUUCAAGCGAAUGGGUGCGGGCCUUGCGGCAAAACAGGAUGAGGAACUCUGCCGCCUCCAGGAUGCACAGAGACAGACGGAAGAGCAGUUGCGUCGACAGGAGUCUCUGCUUGCUUCGGAAAAAGAGCAGACUAGAAAGCUGGAGGGGGGCCGCCGACAGUUACUGGAUGGCUUGUUGGAUGCCUUCGGCCCUUUAUUGGCUGUCAUUCGGGCUGCUGUGGUCACAGGGAAGGAGGGAGACAAGAUCCGAGCGGCUCUGCGAGCGCUUGAAGCGCUUGUCGCGCCAGUGGCAGAGACCGAGGACGGGUAAUGAAUAAGCGGAUGAUCAGCAUGGCACACCGACACACCAUCGCUCUGAUGUCAUCGUGCUGCCGCAGGUUCCAACCGGUGCUGCGGCGUUUGCAUGAGGUUCGGGACUUUCACGAGAGACACCCGGCCAACGACACGCCACCUGUCUCGAGAGCCACACAGACCGACCAGCAACCAACGCUGCAUGCGAGCGCUGCCUCCCACUGCCUUUGGUCAGACAGAUCUGAAGAGGACCCACGCAUCGACUCGUCCGCAGCUACCCCCCUGCCCCACAGUCUGCAUGGGAUCAUCAGCCAACCGGAGUCAGCAAAGACCGCUGAGGACAAGAGGAGGCCGAGCACUCCACCGUUUCUCACAUUCAGCCGGCUGUCGGCGUUCGCCAAGCGGCAGGACGGCUAUGAGCUGCAUCAUCAUGUGAUGCCGCCGACCGUCCCGUCUGUGUCGACAUUGAGGAAGCGGGCCGGCAACCUGGUGAAGAUGUCCAGCCAGGAACCGUCGUCGUCUUCAGCCACGGCCGCUUUCGACCGCCAACUGCCGGCUCUCCAGCCUGAGCCCGUCAUCGGCCAUCCCCUGCUUCCCCACGCCACGGCAUUGCUCCCUCCUGCCCCCUAUGCAUACAAUGUCAUGCCGCCUGCAGACUACGCCAGCCUCCUGCGGCUAUCGCCCCGCACGACAAGCCACAGCAGACGACCAGAAGUGUCGCCCGGAGCACGCAGCAAUAAGCUGUCUGAGUCUCGGCGGGCGCUGAGGUGCGUGGCGUGUUGCAGCAGACAUCGGCCGGUCCGCGGUGUCCCAUACGCCACACCCCCUCGCACCCCUCCUCGCGCUCGGCCCCUGACGAAGCGGCAGAUCGGAGGCUCCGGCCCCUCCUGGCCUUUUGCUGACGAACAGCAGCAGAUGGACGCAAGAAAGGUCGACUGGAGGCGGGACGCCAGUGCAAGUGUCGGUGUCGGCACGUAUGUGGCGUCGAGUCUGCCACCUACACCCGGAUAUGUGCUGAUUCCAACGACACCGCCGAUGAACAAGAGAAGACGCUGAGAGAGGAGGGGAGGGGAGGGUAGCGUUGUGCUCUCGGUGCACACAUACUUUCCGGACAUUCGGAGCAUGCGAUGUGCUUGCCGGAUUGGUUCGUGCUCAUGGAGAUGAUUUCCAAACAUGCGUGUCGGUCUUUUGCAUGGAGACAGCAACGUAUGACG